AUGCUAGACUGUUGGCUCCUUUCACAACUUGGAGCCCUUAAGUCCUCGGGGCUUGAUGGUUUCCCUAGUAUGUUCUACCACAAGUUCUGGAAUGAGACAAAGGAAACUGUUAACCAAGCUGCAAUGGACUGGUUUAACGGAAAGCUGAUUCAGGAUAAUAUUGUAGUUGCUCACAAAGCUUUCCACUAUCUCCGUCUCAAGAAGAAAGGUAAAAAGUAUGAUGCUGCCCUCAAGGUGGAUAUAAGCAAGGCUUAUGAUAAGAUGACUCUUUGUUCUUUUUUAAGGCUGAGGACUCUAACUGUGCUCGUCUUAAGAAGAUUCUCUGAGACCAGAACACCCCUCCUCUCUGGCAAGCAAGUAUCUGCUCCUCCAUGGGAAUUACUGAAUUCUUUAAGUAUAAGCAAAAGGGAGGGUGGUCUGGGGUUUCGAGACCUGUUAGAUUUCAACCUUGCCCUCUUAGGCAAGCAAUGCUGGCGCCUUAUUCACAAUCCAAAUUCUUUAUGGACAAAAACUCUUAAAGCCAGGUACUUCCCCGAGGUCGAUUUCUGGAAUGCCAAAGUGGGUCACCGGUCUUCUUGGUUAUGGGCAAGCCUCAUUGCAGGUAGGGACGAGGUGCUUAAGCAUGCAAGGGUUCAGAUUUUAAGUGGUGAAACAACUCAUAUUUGGACGGAUAGAUGGCUUCCUCCUCCUCACGAAGGAACCAUUAAUCCUAUUAGACCUGUUCCCCAUGAUGCUCCACAGUUUGUUGCUGAAAUUAUGGAUAAAGACUUGCAUCAAUGGAAUCUCCAAAGAAUUUUGCACCUCCUGGAUCAAGACUCUAUUAACACAAUCUUGUGUCUACCCAUUGGCAAUGUGAACAAUCCUGAUCGUAUUGUGUGGCCAUGGUGUACAAAUGGGCUUUACUCGGCUAAGUCUGGAUACCAUCUUAUCCACGCCCUGCGAAAUGUCCCUCCCAGUAAUGGAGGUCAAUCCUCUCACUGCGUUAACCCAUUGGUUUGGAAAGAGAUUUGGAAGAUUAACACCCUACCAAAAUUUAAAGUCUUUUGCUGGAGAAUUAUUUCCAAGGCCCUUGCUACCAGGUUGAAUCUCUACAAGAGGAAAUUGAAUGUGAAUCUGAUAUGUCCUUUGUGCAAUGACCAAGUUGAAUCAAAGAACACCUGUUCUUUCUCUGUCCCUGGGUCAAAAUGGUUUGGUUUUGCUCAACCUUUAACUACCGGGUCAAUACCCGAAGUUUUACUACCUUCGAUCAAUGGGUUGAAAUUUAUUUUUUAUGGUUGCAAACCUGAGCCUACCCGUGUACUCCAGAUGGCUAACUCAAUGCCCCAUUGGACUCCGCCUAGAACUGGCUGGGUUAAAGUUAACUCUGACGGUGCAUGGAAGACGAACAAAGCUGCAGGUUUGGGGGUGAUUAUAAGAAACUCUGCUGGUGCUUUCAGUGGAGGAUUAGCGGAGGGUAAGGUGUGUCAGUCUGCCCUUGCGGCCGAAGCUGAUGCCGUUCUAAGUGGCCUAAAGCUGGCUCUAUCUUUGCGUCAUCGUAAGGUCAUGACAAAAACUGACUCUCUUGUUGUGAAGUCUGGGAUUGCUGGGAAUUAUGGAAACCGAGCAUGGUCUAUUCUCCCGAUCCUCUUAGAAAUCCGAAGAAUGGAAGGCCUUUUUGAUUCUGUCAAGUGGAGUUGGAUCCCUCGAGUCAAAAAUCGUGCGACUCAUAUGGCGGCAUCGAUUGGAAUUGGAGCGGUGCAUAGGGAAACCUAG